AUACAACACUAAGUCAUGACAGCAAUAAAACGCAAGUUUAUUCUUUAUAGACAUUAAUUUUACCAAUUUAAUUCGACUAACAAAAAAGCAUUAUGUCGGCCCGAUAUGAUAGAGCGAUUACAGUAUUUUCGCCGGAUGGCCAUUUGUUACAAGUAGAAUAUGCACAAGAAGCUGUUCGUAAGGGAUCUACCGCUGUUGGUGUAAGAGGAGCUGAUGUCGUCGUAUUGGGCGUUGAAAAGAAAUCAGUGGCGAAGCUACAGGAAGAGCGAACUGUUCGUAAAAUAUGUCUCCUAGACGAUCAUGUCGUGAUGGCUUUUGCUGGUUUAACGGCAGAUGCUCGGAUCCUUAUUAAUAGAGCACAAAUUGAAUGUCAGUCUCAUAAACUUACUGUUGAAGAUCCUGUAACAUUAGAAUACAUAACAAGAUACAUUGCUGGCCUGAAGCAAAGGUAUACUCAAAGCAAUGGACGUCGACCUUUUGGUAUUUCAUGUUUGAUCGGAGGAUUUGAUUAUGAUGGAUUACCUCAUUUGUUCCAAACAGAACCAUCAGGUAUUUACUAUGAAUGGAAAGCCAAUGCAACUGGUAGGUCAGCUAAGACAGUGCGAGAGUUUUUGGAAAAAAAUUAUACUGCUGAAGAAGUCGCUACAGAAAAAGGUGCAGUGAAGCUUGCAAUUCGGGCUCUCCUUGAAGUUGUUCAAUCUGGACAAAAGAAUCUAGAAAUAGCUGUAAUGAGACGUGGUCAGCCUAUGCAAAUGUUAGACUCUGAUACCAUCAAUUCUUAUGUGUCUGUUAUUGAGAAAGAGAAGGAAGAGGAGGCAGAGAAGAAAAAACAGAAGAAAUAAUAUUAAUUAUAUAUUAUAAUUUCAGUUCUCUCUUUUAACAUGGUAUGUUAAGGAAUACAUUUCAAAUAAUUAAA